AUCUUCCAUUUGUUAAGCUAAUCCCGCUCCGUAUUUAAACACACUGCUCUUCACAUCCGACUCUCUACAUUCCUAGGAAGAUGAGUGUUGCUUUAAGUCUGCCCUCUCCCUCUCCAAAGCCUCCGUCAGCUCCUGUUCAUCACGUCUCCUCCUCCCUCGUCUAUUCCUCCCUCAUCUCCUCCUCCCUCUCGUGUGCUGCGACCAUUCCCUCGAACCACAUCAUCCAUCUCCUGACAAAAAAAGGUAGACUGACACACCGACAGAGAGAGAGGGGGACAGAGAAACAGGUGUAGUCUGCCGUCGUCAUGGCAACCCACCAUUUUUCUUCCAUAUAAGGCAACCGGGUGAUAUCAUAUGGUUGGCAAUGCCUGGGCUUUGGAAGGAUGCACACGCUGUUCUGAGUGAGAGGUAACGGCAGCAGAGAGAGAGAGAGAGCGAGAGAGAUGCUAACAGCCUCUGAGGCGCUACUACGGUUACCAGCGAGGGAGGACUGUGGCGGAUCCUUGGGGCGCGGGAAAGACGCCGAGCCGCAGUAAAAAGGAGAAGAGGAGGAUGGAGAGGAAGAGGGGAGGCGGAGGAAGAAGAAGAGGGAGGCGUGUGGAGCAGGAGGAUGCGCCUGGUGGCCGACCUGCUCAUUAGGAGACAACGCAACAACCAAACUACUGGAGCUUCAAGACUCGCACGCCACGCGUGACCCGACUCAGCCCCACGCAGCCGGCUCUCGCCGACCAGGCCAGCCGGGUCUCCUUUGCCUCAGCAGAGAACCUCGGCACCAUGUCGGAGCCCGACAUGCCGAUCGGCUUCAACCGGAUGAACCGGCUGCGCCAGAGCCUGCCGCUGGCGCGCUCCUCCAGCCAGGCCAAGCUGAGGGCGCCAGGGAUAUUGUUCCUGCAGCUUGGGGAGGAGACUCGCAGGGUUCACCUGACCCACGAGCUGACCAGCCUGGAUACGCUGAGGGCCCUCAUCGUGCACAUGUUCCCCCAGAGGCUCACCAUGGCCAUGCUCAGGUCUCCGAACACGGCUCUCCUGAUCAAAGAUGAGACCCGAAACGUCUUCUACGAGCUAGAGGACCCGCGGGAUGUUCAGGACCGCUGCGUGAUCAAGAUCUACUGCAAGGAGCCCAUCUACGGCACCUACCCGGGACACCCACACCUGGCCAACGGAGACCUGCGGAGGGAGAUGGUGUAUGCGCCUCAGGACUCCUCACCCAACCGCCGCCUCAGCAACCCGCACAUGUCUUCCCAGCACUCGUCUUCCUCCGCCUCCCCUCAGGGCUCGCCGUCACGCGCCCGCCUCCUCUACAGCGGAGGCAGACCCUCGUCUUACGCCGGGCCACCACACCACACCCACUCCCUGCCGCACCCCCACUCCCAGUCCCACCACUCCUCCCCCCACCACCAGCAGCAGCAGCAGCAGCAGCAGCUCCAACAGCUCCAGCAGCUCCAGCAGCAGCACCACCAGCAGCUCCAGCAGCAGCAGCAGCAGCAGCUCCACCAGCCCCAUCGCCCCCAGCAGGCCUUCUGCGCCUCCUCCAGCGCCAUCCUGGAGCGCAGGGACGUGAAGCCCGACGAUGAGGUGGGGGGGUCCAGAAGCAUGGUGUUGCUGCGGGGAGACGACCGUGGAAUCUACGCAGACCCCUACUCUCUGGGACCGGACCCCAGCCGGUUGAGUCUGGCGGGAGGUCCUCACUCCCCCCUGCCAGCCCGAGCUGACCCCUACGGCUCCUUAUAUCGCCGAGGGGGAGGGGGAGGGGGAGGAGGUGCUGGAUCAAUGCGUUCGCUCACCUCCUACACAGCGGCCGCUCUGCAAGGAGAGCUGAUGGAGACCGGCGCUCUGUACCGACCGGGAGGACCGCUUUACAACGACGCCUACGCUGCCUCCAUGUUGGCCAUGGGGCUGCGGGUUCCUCCCCCCUCCUCCCCGCAGAAGAUGCCCGACAUGAGGGAGUCCUACGGGGGCACCUUGCCCGGUCGGGGCUCGCCCGGGAGGCAGAGUUUGAGGAGGGACUCCGUGAUCUCCUCCGUGUUCGGGGACAGUCCAAAAGCCCGGGGGGGCCAGGGCCCGGGGCUGGGCCUCACCUCGGAGCAGCUCUGCCUGAUGGCCGGUCCCGGGGGAGAAGGGGGGGGCGGCGCCGGGGGCUUCGGAACGCCUCUCGCGGGAAACGAAAGCGAGACCCGGGAGCGCAUGGAGGCCAUGGAGAAGCAGAUCGCCAGUCUGACGGGGCUGCUGCAGAGAGUACUGAGCAGGGCGCCCGACGCGGAAAGCCCGGAGAAGAUGGAGUCUGCCAGCGACUGCUCGGGGACUGACACUGGACAAACUAAAAAAAAGAAAGUUCUGACACCGUCUGCUCCCUUGGCCCUGAUGCCUCCUCCGCCCUCGGGGGCCCACCAGCCCGUCACCGUGUCCCGUCUGCAGAUGCAGCUCCACCUGCAGGGCCUGCAGCAGAACACCAACGCGCUGCGCCAGCAGCUGUCGCAGCUACGCAACAUGCAGCUGGAGAACCAGGACUCGGUCUUGUCCCUGCUGAGGCAGACCGAGUCCCAGCUGAGCCUCAUGAUGCUGGACGCCACACGCACCCAGGAGGACCCGCUCCAGAGGCAGCGCCUCCUGGUGGAGGAGGAGAGACUCAAGUACCUGAACCAGGAGGAGCUGCUCAUCCAGCAGCUGCAUGACCUGGAGAAGUCUGUGGAGGAGCUGCAGAAGAACUCCUCGGUGAACCACGGCCUGGUGACGGAGCAGGAUGUGGAGCAGAAGAGCAAAGAGCUUAGGAUGCUGGGAGAGACGCUCACGGAGCUCAAAAACCAGUUCCCCUGCCUGCAGAGUAAGAUGCGGGUGGUGCUGAGGGUGGAGGUGGAGGCUGUUAAGUUCCUGAAAGAAGAGCCUCACCGGCUGGACGCGCUGCUGAAGCGCUGCAACAACAUGACGGAUGCGCUCAGCACGCUGCGCAGUCUCUUGUAUCCCUCCUAUAUGUACAGACAAGUGACCGAGGGCGGGUGGAGGGGCCCCGAGGACCUCUCCAGCCAAUCGCAGAAGAGAUCUGAGGAGGCGAGGCGCGGCUCCGACCUGGACCUCCUGAGCAGUUCUCCCCUCGGGCUCGCCGACCUCGACGCCGGCGCCGGCCUGGCCAACUGGACGCCCGUUGCCGACGGCGACGCCUCGGGCCCCGAGCAGGACCUCCAGCCCCCCUCCAUGACCUUCAGGAACCGGGUCCUGGAAGAGCUGCCGAGUCGGCGUCCCGGCGAUAAGUCGGUGUCGGCAGAAGUCCGACUGGCGGCGGAGCGGGACUGGGAGGAGAAGCGGGCCAGUCUGACCCAGUUCAGCGCCCAGGACAUCAACCGCCUGCUGGAGGAGACGCAGGCCGAGCUGAUGAAGGCCAUCCCGGACCUCGACUUCGCUGCCCGCCACAUCAACAAGCCGGCCGUGCCCCCGAAGCCGCAGAUCACCAUCCCGAUAACCUCCUCCACCACCACCUCCUCCACCACCACCACGGCGCCGGCUUCUCCCGCCUCUGUUGCCGGGGAGCAGCAGCCCGGCAAAGUGCAGCUGGCCGCCCAGAAGCUGAACAGCAUGGAGGGGGCGGGGCCUCACCGGGGGUCGGUGGACCUCAACGUGACCCGGUUCCGCACGGAGAAGCUCUCCAAGUCUCCGCCUCCGCCGCCGCCGCGCCGAAGCUUCCCGUCGGCACACGGCCUCACCACUGCCCGCACGGGCGAGGUCAUCGUCACCACCAAGAACACCAAGAUGGAGGAAGACGGCGACGUGCCUAAAACGCUGGUGAAGCUGAGGAGGACGCCCUGCGACACCCCUCGACCCGCCUCCACCCCCCCGGUUAUCUCGGCGUCGGCCAUUCGCAACGAGGAGGACGUCGAGGAUGAGGAGGAGGAAGGGGAGAAGAUCAUGGCGGAGCUGGAGAUAUUUCAGAGAGCUCCUGAGAGAGAUUGUAGUAAACGGUGCAGCAGCCGACCACAGGCCCCCCCCACUCCGCCCCGCACCUACGGGUCGUUGGGCAGAAAGAACAGCAGUAACUCCCCGGGCCCCACCAAGGGCCCCACCGUCGCAGCCCGGCUCAAACACCUCCAGCAGGGCAGCCUGGAGAGGCCCAAAACGCGCAAGCAGAAAGAGGAUUUCCCUAAAAUCCAGGGCCAGCAGCAGGUAUUCCACUUCUGAAGAGCGGCCGCUUCAACUUCUCCUCGGGAGGGGUGGGGGGGUGAGGGGGGGGGGGUGAGGGGGGGGUACUAUUGACACAGACCCUUGAUCAUUAUGUUUAAUUUCCUCCAGUUGUUGAUGUGCAUUCUGGACAUUUCAGAGGCCAGAUCUGACCGGCUUAGAGAUGCUAACGGAAUAGAGUCUCUGAUGUCUCAGUUUGUUUCCCCCCCCACCCCGGGGUUUUGGGUUGGUUUGGCCGGUCAGUUAAGCUUGAAGGUUAAGAACUGCCUUUUUACAAAGAAGCUGUAACGCCGCAACUUAUAACGCAAGAUGCCGAAAGAGAAGCGCGAGGUUCCCUGAAGAGGUAUUUGUCUGGAAAAUGUGCAGGAAGACGUUUAUCAAAGCUAAAGUCGAGGAGGACUUAUUAUAUAAUUAAUACCCAAAAUGUCCUAAUAUGAUUUCACCUUGUCCCGUCAACUGAUUUUGUACACUAAUCUUCAUAGAUGUUAUGUAAAAGUGUCCUUUACUUAAAAGCUAAACAAAAUUUUAUUUAUUUCAAUUGUCAGUUGACAGCUGACCGUGAGCUAAACAGUCGUUAGUGAAAGGAAGAAUUGGUUCAGUCCGUCCAAUCAGGGCACAGUCUCCCAGUCAUGUGAUUCAGUAGAGACAUUUUUAAUUACAAUUAUUGAAGUUAAUUCAUAAUUUAAAAACUACAUGAAUACAUGAAAGUACUAUAUUGAAUGCUGGUAAAAUUUCACAAUUCUUCUAAAAUGUUUCCACUUCAGGCAAAUAGAGAAAACUACAGUUGAGUAAAAGUACUCCGUUCAAUGUGAUUUCCCUCAAAAGUAACACACAUUUCUCAGGAAAAAGCAGAAGUAAACCGGCCAAUUACAGCGGAGCAUGAAUGACAUCACCGGCUCAGUGCUCAAAACGAAAGGAGACUCAAGUGUGUGCGUGUGUGAGAAGUAAGUACCUUUUAAACGUGAAGCUCCACCCGUCUUAUCUGCCCCUGCAGACGCCCCCAAGUGCCCCCCCACCCCUCCGACUUGCUGAGUGGAUCAGCCCCCCCCCCCACCCCCCCGUUCCUUUACGGGCCACUUUAAAAAAUAGAUCCUGAAUAAAAGAGCUUUCACGAACCACUCGAGAAAAGUCACAAAGAUAACAGCCAGUGAGACGCAGCCCCCCGUUCACACCAAAACUGCCGGUUCUCCCAGAAUGCCCUGCAAGGAAUCUGAUUAAUUCAUGAAUUCACCACAUUAAACAUGCAGCCAUUUAGGAAGUUUUAUUCCAGAUUCCAGGAGCGCAGACGCAUCUGACGGGUCCAGGUUGGGACCUCACAGAGGAGACAUUGUUAGCUGUUAGCUUUUAGCAAACGUCUUCCCUCCACAAGGAGACCUGGAAGAAUUUAAACUUCCACUCUGACACGCCUCAUUCCAAUUAUUGCUGGUUAAUAAUCUGUCACCCACAGAACCUGAAGAACUGCGAAUGCGUCUACGUUGACGCCACUAGUGAGAUGAUUCUCCUCUCAUUUAACUAACUUUUUUUCGUGUUCUUUUCUUUUCUGGUGGAAAGUGGCACAAAAAGAACAAAAGCUCUAUCUCCUGCUCAUCAGUUACUUAAUCCUUAUUCAUUGAUUGGUCGGUUGCAGUUUCUCUCACUAAUCCUCUUUGAGGCCGGCUGAUGCGGUUUGCUCGUCCUAGUCUUCCUCCUUCCUUCAACCUGAAGAAACCCUCAUUCCUUUCAAGUUGCACACUGGAACAGAAUUUAAUCUUUUUUUAUUUAGAAUAAAAUUUCUGGAUUUGUAGUUUGAUCUGAAAAUAUCCUGCCAACAAAACUCUUAACAAACUUUAAAAUUUGGCUUUCUAGAACGGAAGUAAGUGAAGAUUUGCCCUCUAGAAGGAAAGAUGCAGGGAAGGAUUAGGACUAAUAACGCGAGGAGUUCUGAAGUCGAUCUCGAGUUCAGACUCAGUUCGUCACAAAGAUGGAGACAGAGGUAGUUUGUUCGGCUCCAUCACAAUAGCGGAGUCCCAGUUACACACUGAGCGGGCUGUGCGUCCACUCACCUAAAGUGAUGACACUCAGUCCCUUUCCUAAAUAUUCGGUUGGGAGAAAUAAAAUGUUGAGGGCCAACAAAUGCUGAAAAAAUCGUUAGACUUCAGCCUGGAUCCCUCACAAUGCGCCUUGAUCUCAUAUUCCAACCUGUAGCGGCAUUCCGAUCACGACCAAAGGUUUCCCCCGCCCCCCACCCCCUGGGGGGGCCUCAGUGGCGCGUUGGACUUUGAUGCGUUUGAGAUUCCCCUUAAAGGGCCAGUGUGCAGCAGUGAUCUGAUGAGUAAGUUUCCAUUAGCGUACGAUCACCUGAGACUGAGCAUCAAAGUGGUUUUGUGACAUUAGAACAAGCACUUUGUAGCUACAUGCGUCCGCAGAGAGUCCGCCGUGUAUCUACGGUGGCCCAGAUCAGACAAACCAGACCACGUCUCCAGAUGGGACAGUUUGGAUUGGUUGCAAUCUGCGAUCUCACCACUGGGUGGUGCCAGAUUCGGCACGCUGUGCCUUUAAAACAAAAUACCGACGUUCGUGGCAAAAGAAAGCUCAGGAGGACGAAAGAGAAUGAAAGCUUUGAUCAUUUUGCAGUUUGAUUGACGUGUAUGAAACAAUACAGCAGUAAAAACAUAUGACAGUGUAUAAAAAUAAUAUAAAGUAUUUAGUGUGAGAUUCCUUUAAUACACGGUUAACGUGACGGUGUGGAGCUGAAAUAUAAGAUUCUUGAGUUGACGUUUAGCUGGAGGGAAUAUUAAUCUCUCCCUGUGAGAGUAUUUUUGUCACAGGCAGAUGUUAAUACAUUCACGGAAUGUAUUAGUGGACAGAAAUAGGAACGCGACCAUACAACCGGAACCCACUCCACAAGAUAUUGUAUGUAUAUUAUAAAACCAUUUUGUUUUGAAGAGAUUGAUUUAUUAACAUGUAAAAAAGAAAAGCAUCAUCUAUGUUUUAUAUGAUCAAGUUUUUAUUUGUAUUUUUAUACUUAAAGAUUCAUAAGCAUGUGACACAUUUAUUCUGUAAAUUAUUAUUUUUCUGAGUUCUGAGAAUUUUUUAUUUGUCGUUUCCUGCCAUGAUCACGCGUCGACAUGGAGACCGGGGGGGGGGGGGGGGGGGCAGCGGGAGGUUCUCCAGAUGAAUAUUAAAGUAUCGCCACAUUUCUAUAAAAAAGCACAUGUUUUGUAGCCGUUGCCUCUAAGAAGCGAUAGUCUCUAUGAUACAGAAUACAGAUUAAUCUAUUGGUGGUUUAUGAUGAAUGUGUGAUUGUUGUUCAUGUACAUUAACCCAAAUGAUAUAUUAACAGAAUUUUACGUAGACGUUUUUUUAGACGGGGUGUGGGCGGGGAUAAUGAAUCCAAAACGGCAUGCAUACUGUAUACAUUCCUGGAAACUUGCACGUGGGGUCAACAGAGGUCAAAUCUUCUGGUCAAUAAUUCUGUGUGUACUUGUGAGUGUAUGAUAGAGUAAACAAACUGUAAAGUAACAGAGUUUUGUAUUAUGUUCAAAAUGGGUCGGCAAAGCCCCUCUUACCGUGGGAAUAAGUCCAGAAGUAUUAUUGUAAUAAUUCCUAUACGUAUUGCGCCAGGUGUGAGGAGGAUACGGUGCCUCCUGCUGCUCCUCCAGUCCGAGAGUGAUGCUCGCUGUGUGCAGUAAGUGUUGUCUGUGAACUGUGAAGAAUGAUGAUAAUCUACUACCAAGUCAGUAUAACUUACUAAAGACCAACUAAACAAAGCAAAAAAACACACGGCGCAACUCUAUGUAUGGAAAGUGAAAGUUGCCGCUUUGUGUGAGAAAAUUCAACCAAUCAAAAGAAAGAUUAAAAAAACUGAAGGUUGCUGCUUUUGUUACUUCCUGUUGUGAUUUUGUGACAAUAAAGGUGACCUCUUAUACGCGA